AUGGCUACCUCUCUAAAGAAAUCGACCCCAAAAAUUAAUGAGAAUGAAGAAGAGAGCUUCGUGUAUGCACUGCAGGUGGCGGGCUCCCUUGUGGUGCCCAUGACCUUGCGAUCGGCCGUGGAGCUUGGCGUUUUUGAAAUUCUAGCAAAAGCGGGUCCGGGAGCCAAGCUCUCCCCUACACAGAUUGUUCAACAGAUGCCAACCAAGAACCCCGAGGCACCCACGAGGUUGGACCGUAUUCUGAGGAUGCUGGCCACCCACUCUCUGUUUGGUUGCUCUGUGGCUGCUGAUGACUCUGGAUCUUUGCAAAGGCUUUAUAGUAUUUUUGAUGUGUCUAAACACUUCGUCUGCAACGAAGAUGGUGUCUCUUUGGGACCUUUCAUGGCCUUGAUUCACGACAAGGUCUUCUUAGAUAGCUGGUCCCAACUGAAAGAUGCAAUUCUUGAGGGAGGAAUUGCAUUCAACAGAGUUCAUGGCAUCCAGGUUUUCGAGUACUUCGGGUUGGAGCCCAGGUUCAACCAGGUUUUUAACGCAGCCAUGUUCAACCACACAACCAAUGUUAUUCAGAACAUCCUUGACUCCUACAAAGGCUUCCAGCAACUCAAGCAAUUGGUUGAUGUCAGCGGCGGUCUAGGAGUCACUCUCAACUUGAUCACUUCCAGAUACCCCCAUAUCAAGGCCAUUAAUUUCGACUUGCCCCAUGUUAUACAACAUUGA